AUGGGAAAGUAUACAUCUCUGAAGGUUGUUUCAACGGCUGCUAAGAAGGCAGGCGGAUCAAAAUCUAAGUUGGGUUCUACCUCCAAAAAGAGCGGAAAGAAACAAUUGGAAAAUGCAUUCUCUGUUGAUUUACGUCAACCUAAAGACAGAGAUCCUAAGAUCUCCAACGAUUCCGGAACUCAAGAAGUGAUUGACACAGUGCGUCCACUGAUUGACUUUGGGCUCUCCACUCAAGAUUUAGUCGCUGUCGGCUAUGACAAGAACUCUACUCAGAUCAAGUUUGGAAAUCACGUUUUUACGAAAUGGAUCGACGACCACAACGCCCGCUGGUCUCAAGCCCUUCCCAGGUUUGAUAGCCCUUUCCAGGACUUCUAUGCUAAGUUCUCGGUCGAAGUUCGAGUCAAUAUGAUUUUUGACGAAUACAAUAACGACUGGCAACGCGUUUUGGGCUUUUUGAUUUCGAUUUUUGAGGAUGACGACAAGAACACGGAAUAUAUCUGGGGAGUGAGAGCGAUCGCUCUACAGGUUGCCCAACAAAUUCCUUUCUCCUUCUUCGAUAUCGGUCUUCUGGGUGAUUUGACAAUUCAACAAGAUGAUUUGUACUUCUGUUGUGACGAUUCUAAUCCUCGCUUACGACAAGAGACACCUUUGGUACAAUUUUGGUUGAUCUGUGCUACAAUGUUCGAUCAUCCUUGGACUAUGAUGUUUGACGAAUUUCUCGAGGUGACUCCUGUAAGAUGCAUACAGGAAAUGAAGACUAAAGUCAUCGCGGGCUUUCCGAACAACGCGGUUGACAAAGUUGAAAUCCACAAGGGUGUCAGAAAGAUUUUCGAUCCGGAGUAUGAAGAUUCCGAGGAAGAAGAUGAUUCAAUCGGUGACGAAGAUAAUGGCUUGGUUAACAGGUACGCUCAACCUGACGGGUGGGAUUCAGAUGAGACCGAUGACGACAGCAAAAUUAACAAUAAGACAGACGACGAUGCUGAUGAUGAUGAUGAUGAGGAUGAGGCAUCCGAGGAAUCCGUCAUUAUAGUUGAAAGCACUCGGCCGACCGACAAUGAAUUUGGUGGUAGCCGAUCCGGCAGAGGUCACCUCGCUGAGACUCGCACCAUCACUGAUGAAACAGUCUCCGAAUUGACAGGAAACACAGGUGAUGAAUCUGACCCGGAAUUAGCGUCUCCGCCAAGAAAG